GCCCCUACUCUGACCGCUACUUUUCAUAAACUGUGUUCUGCUUUGGCCUCAUACAUUCUGCACUUGUUCCCCUGGGAUAUCCAUGUACCAUAGAGCUCUCUAGUAGCAACAAGACAUAAGAGAUUUGCUCCAGAAUAAGAAGAGUCAAUGUAAACCCUUGCUAUGGAUUAUUCAGAUUCUGACAGUGACUCUACUUUGGGAUACAGCGAUGAUGAAGAUUCCAGUGAUGAAGUUCAAAGAAUAUCAGAGGAAGAUGUGAGAACAGCCAAUGUAAUUGCUGCAGAAGCUGUAACCUGCCUUGUGAUUGACAGAGACUCUUUCAAGCAUUUGAUUGGAGGGCUGGAUGAUGUUUCUAAUAAAGCCUAUGAGGAUGCAGAAGCUAAAGCAAAAUAUGAAGCUGAAGCUGCUUUCUUCGCCAACCUGAAGCUGUCUGAUUUCAACAUCAUUGACACCCUUGGAGUUGGAGGUUUUGGACGAGUAGAACUGGUCCAGUUGAAAAGUGAAGAAUCCAAAACAUUUGCAAUGAAGAUUCUCAAGAAGCGUCACAUUGUGGAUACAAGACAGCAGGAGCACAUCCGCUCAGAGAAGCAGAUCAUGCAGGGGGCUCAUUCCGAUUUCAUAGUCAGGCUAUACAGAACAUUUAAGGACAGCAAAUAUUUGUAUAUGUUGAUGGAAGCUUGCCUAGGUGGAGAACUGUGGACCAUUCUCAGGGAUAGAGGUUCAUUUGAAGAUUCUACAACCAGAUUUUACACGGCAUGUGUGGUAGAAGCUUUUGCCUAUCUGCAUUCCAAAGGCAUCAUUUACAGAGACCUCAAACCAGAAAAUCUCAUCCUAGAUCAUCGAGGUUAUGCCAAACUGGUUGAUUUUGGCUUUGCAAAGAAAAUAGGAUUUGGAAAGAAAACAUGGACUUUUUGUGGGACUCCAGAGUAUGUAGCUCCAGAGAUUAUCCUGAACAAAGGCCAUGACAUUUCAGCCGAUUAUUGGUCACUGGGAAUUCUAAUGUAUGAACUUCUGACUGGCAGCCCACCUUUCUCAGGCCCAGAUCCUAUGAAAACCUAUAACAUCAUACUGAGGGGGAUUGACAUGAUUGAAUUUCCAAAGAAGAUUGCCAAAAAUGCUGCUAAUUUAAUUAAAAAACUAUGUAGGGACAAUCCAUCAGAAAGAUUAGGAAAUUUGAAAAACGGAGUGAAAGACAUUCAGAAGCACAAAUGGUUUGAGGGUUUUAAUUGGGAAGGUUUGAGAAAAGGCACCUUGACACCUCCCAUAAUACCAAGCGUGGCAUCACCCACAGAUACAAGCAAUUUCGACAGUUUCCCUGAGGACAGUGAGGAGCCACCACCUGAUGACAACUCAGGCUGGGACAUAGACUUCUAAUGUAUUUCUCUUACCUGCUUCUGCCUUGCUGAAGACAGCUUUUUCUGAGACACAGCUGCCAGCAAACUUGAGGGAAAGAGAGAAGAUUUGUGCUCGGGGUCACCAUGAUGCCUUUGAUCGAUGCUGCUCCAGUAACUACAGUGGCAUUAGGACUUAUUGCUUAGAUGACAAUAGUGCUCUUUACAUGUUUUUCGUUUGAACCUAAAGUAGCAGUUGACAUGGUGGUCCUGAAGCAAAGCCUUUCACCAGUAAAGAGAUGUUUUCUAUUGUUGCAAUGAUCUUGCUUUGCUCUGAUUAUGAUUUGAAAGACUGUAGGAAAUGCUUCAACCUAGUAGAAAAGUCUGUACCUUUCUAGAAUUAUCAAUAAGAUGAAAGAAUAAUAUAUUGGGUACGAUAGAUGACAAUGGUACAGAACCUGGGCUAUUCCCUUUCUUCAAGUGAAGGUUGUGGAAUCUAUUACUGUGCACCGGUGUAUAUACCAUACAAAGAGGACCGCACAUCUGUGGGUCACAGAGUUCAUGUCAAACCAGUGCUAGAAGUUUCAUGAUUUUAUUUCCCAGCAGUGCUGAUGACAAGACUGAAUGUUACCUUUUCUUUCUGACAGAUUUUAAAAAUUGAUACGAUAAAAGCACAACUGCUAUGGGUUCUGUUAAGACCUUUCAUAGCAGGUCUAUAUGCGUUUUCAGAGGAUUGGAAAAAAAUGCAUGAUACUUGUUUGUUGCUUUUUGAUAAAUUGGCAUGACAGAAUGGGAAAAAAGAAUUCACAAAAUCAUUUCAUAUUUUAAGAAAAUAUUGUGCUUAAAGAUGGUCCUGGAAAUGACUAGCAGCCAAUUGGUUUUAUUUAUUAACUAACAUACCCUCAAACUGAGGCUUAAAAUAUUCCCUUUUAUAAAAAAAAAAAAAAACCCUUGGGGUGGGAGUGGAAAAGGGUUGGGAGGGAUAAAGACCCAUCCAAAAAAUAAAAAAUAAAAAACUAUAUAGGUGCUAUGUAUAUCUGUCAUCUGUAAUGUCAAUGUCUGAACAGACAACACAAAUUAUAUAAUCAUUAUAUGUCUAGCCAGAGACUCAAGCAUUUUUCACUAAAUUUAUUAAACUAAACUCCUGUCAGACAUCACUUAUACAACAUAGUCUAAGUUUGAGAGAGAUUGAAAACAUAUCUAACUAGCUUCUUGUCUUAGGCCUGAACCAAAAGAAAAAGUAAGAGAGUGCAAAGUCACAGGUAUUAAGAUUUACCAGAUAGGAACCUCACUCACUUGAGGUCAGGAAGUCAGGAAAAAAUAUGAGAACCUGGCCAGGUGUUGAUUACCUUUAUGUGAAUGAGCUUAUACAAAUUAAGAGGCAAGAGUG